AUGUACGUCACAUGUGCUCAGUGUGAACCUGCUUUUGUGAAGAGCACAGGGCGCCAGUGGCGAAUUUGCCAAUCUCGGUGUUCUCUGGCAAAUGCCAAACAUCCUGCUCGGUGUUGGGCUGUAAACGCAACCCCCACCUGUGGAUUUGCUGCUUAUCAGGAUACCAAGAAACUACAAACUAAUUUAUCAUGCACUCUGACACUGGAGACUAAGAGUCAGAGUCUAUUGUUUGAGGACUCCAUCAGUGUUUAUGCAGCACUGCACGCCAUCAGUGUUUAUGAGGAACUGCACGCCAUCAGUGUUUAUGCGAAACUGCACGCCAUCAGUGUUUAUGCGGAACUGCACGCCAUCAUAAAUAUAUUGUACAUUGUACCACCUCUGCACUGUUUUCUUCAUGCAGAUUGGUGCUACCAGUCCCAGGUGUCCUGUGAACAGCCUUGCAAAGGGCCAGCAGCUUGGAAUGAGGUGAAUGCUGUUUGUGGUGGUAAUAAACAAUCUCCCAUCAACAUAGUGACCAAAAAGACUAAGAAGGAGUCCAGUCUUACCGCAUUCAAAUUCACUGGCUACAGUCAGCCGUUUACCAGCACUUUGAAGAAUAACGGGCAAACUGUUUAUCUGGACAUUCCUUCUGGAGCCACUUUGAGUGGGGGAAAUCUCUCAAACACCUAUAAUGCUGUCCAGUUGGAUUUCCACUGGGGCAGCAGUAGCAGCCCUGGGUCUGAACACACCCUUGAUGGAGAACAUUAUCCCAUGGAGCUGCACAUCCUGCAUAUAAAGAACAAAUACCUUACAGUAGAUGAAGCACUGAAUGACGUAACUGGACAAGCAAUCUUGGGAUUCUUCUUUGAGGAGUCAGCCACUGAAAACACGGAGUAUAGUACCUUCAUUGCAGCUGUAACUAAGGUCCAAGAUGCAGAAAGCCACACAGAUCUUAACAUCUCCUUGAACACACUGAUCCUGUCUGAGAUGAAGCUGAGGGACUACUAUCGUUAUGAAGGCUCUCAAACCAUCCCGGGCUGUUCUGAAUCAGCGAUCUGGACCAUGUUUAAGGAGCCUAUUCCACUUAGCAAAGCUCAGCUUGCGGCCUUUUUCGACCUGAAGUCUAAAGAUGGUAAGCCAUUGGUGAACACAUUCAGACCAGUGCAGCCUCGGAAAGGUCGGGUUGUGUAUAGAUCUCACUCUGGUGCAGCUGAAUCUGUUGUAGUGUUAAGCUUCACUCUUGUUCUGUUGAGUGUAAGUACAACUCUGAGCUGUAAUCAACUCUACUAG